AUGGUCGGAUUUAAACUAAUCCGACAUAAGCAUCCCAUGUACGACAUUUCAGGUGAGUCACUUCAAAUUGAGUUAGGGGACAGAGAAACACCAGAGGAAAUUGAGCUUCAAGAACUUUCCACUUGGUUCAAGCACACCGACCGGAACCGCGCUGAACAUACCCAUUUCCUCAGGCGUCCAAGGUCUUGUAAUGCACAUGUAUCACAACCGGGUAAAUAUCAUGACAGCAAGAUGGGUCUGGCAGGUUACACAAUGGUUCUGGAUGCCGACAUUUGUGACCUGUCUAUUGCUGACUUCAUUCGAGGAGUCCGGUUUCCUCAAAGAAAUACGUCCUUGAAACAUACAACCGAAACACUAAGAAGUGAGGUCUACUGUCCAAAACAAAAUACAUAUUCAGGCACCGAAAAACCUCACGUAUGUCGGUUGCCAAGUCUUUUUGAGCAUUCAGACUUGCUUUUGUACAAUGAAAAUGAGAAAGUUAUUGGUGAAGCCAUUCCCAAUAGAAGAGGUGACCAGGAGCACGAACCAAACAGCCAUUUGUCUGAAACAUCGGAAAGUUUGGCUCAUUUGACUGGAGGGUUCGGCCUGUAUUCUUCUAAGGAGCUAGACUCUGAUGCUGACAGCCACACUGAUUCACCGGAUUCAGAGCAAAGCCUUACCACGUCGCAGAGCAUAAAUUUAGGUUUAAGAAAAGUACAUUCGGCACUCUCCUGGAGCUCAUCAAACAGUGAAUCGAUUAGUCAUUCACGACGCGGUGAUCGCCCAAGGCCACUUUCAGCUGAUAGCAAGCAUGUGCGCAGCACACGUGAAAGGCGUAAACGAACCAAUAAAAGUGAUGCCAUCGUGGUACUAAAUUGGCUCAGAAAGGGCGGAAAGUUUGAAGAAGAUUAUAACACUCAAGCAGUGAAGGCAGCUAGAAAAUUUCCUAGCCUUUCGUUGAUCAAUCCUGAACGCAUAUGGCGGGCUAAAUCGGCGGAUUUAACGAGACGUGCAACUUCACAUAGUUCGGUUUCGAAGUCUUCCAUAAGAUCCUCGAUCGGUAAUAUUUGUCGGCCUUACAAACGUGCACCGGAUACACAAUCGGACAGCUACCUUGCUAAAAUUCUUCAGGAAGGAUAUUGCAGUGAACCCAUCCUCAAACCAGAACAACGUGACCAGGUUAUCCGACUGGAGCGAUCAUCCCUACGUCAGUGGUUACCGAGCUCACCCAGUGGAGUUCUCUCUCCCCAUACCGGUUCGCGAUCCCCAAGAUUCGAUAAGAACUCUGAGUCUUUUGGCAAGGACAGGUCACAAAUGACCAGAGGGCGAAAUCAAUCCGUCAAGAGAAGAGACGCCUUGUCGAGAAUAAAAUCCAAAACCGAUACAUUGAUAAAGGGUCUCAAGAAAUGUGGUAGCUUGGCGACCCAAUCGAGAUGUUUAAAGAAACAAAACUCAAAACUGGUAGGAGGCCAGGGGCGCGCCACAGCUCGCAGUCACAGAUCGCCCUCUGUGGUCCAAGGCUUACUGCGCGCCACAUCCCGUCUAACAGUUGAGCGCAACGAAGAAAUGCAGUAUCCAGUCGUAGACAGUCAAGUCGUGGGAAGUGUGCAUAUUCCAGCCGUCUCGAGCAAUCCGCUCCCAAGCGACAGCAUUUCUGUAUCCCCUCUGCGUGUAAAUGAUACGCCACAAGCCUAUCCGUUAGGCACAAUGAUUCCGCGUGUUUCCGAAGUCUCUAUCAAAGAAGAGAAGGGAGAAGGGACUUUUUAUCACGCUGUUCACGUAACCCACCCUCAGUCUUUGGCCAUGGGAGAGGUGUGGAAAUUAACGGAUAGUCAACAAAGCGAAAGAACUGUACCGUCCAAUUUGCCUCAAAACAAGACUUCCUCCAGUCCGUCAUGUCGAAUAAAUUCAGUUAUCGAAAGCAAGCCAGAAGAUCAUCGAUUUCAGCCAAUCAGAACUGUUCCCUCCAUGAAAAACAUCUAUGAAAAAACAACAAGGGCUGGCGCACCGCCAAACCGUAAACAAACAAACAAACAAACAGGAGACAUGCUCCAAGCUAACACAGAAACUACAAAUGCUUUGUUGCAUCUGCCAAGGGAAGACGAAUCCAACAAAGUGCAGUUUCCUUCGAUAAAGAUUCCCCACAUUUCGGGAGUGCAACUCAGGUCGCCGAACCAUAGUCCCAGCUGGUAUAGCGAAAACAGUAUGCAGGAAAGGUGGCCAAUAUUUUUCUCUUUCGAUGAAGGCCUUUUUAGUCGCCUGGGUAGAACAGAUUCUCUUUCAUCUGCGCAAGGAGCCCAUGAAAUUGUCAAUGAAAUAGAAUUACCACAUGAAGAGACAUGUCCAAAAACACCAACUGAUCGUAAAAAGGAAUACAAAAGAACACUAAGAAUGAAAAGAAUGCAGGAUCCAUUAACCACCCCUGAAAACACUAUGGAAUCUUUAGUAGGGUUCGAACCUGAUACAGCUGCCAAUAUCGUCGAGAGGAAAGAGAGACAACCUGGUGGCAUACAACCAGAAAGUCACAGAUUAAACGGCUUCGACACAAGUAUAGACAUCAAAAAACCUCCUUUCAAGCAUAAACCCCCAUCCGAGCACACACUUACUAUCACGGAGCCGUGUGUUUACAAAGAACAAAUGGAUGAAACUCGCAGUGAGGAAGAUGAUACUAAAGGACAACAGACAACCUCUGAAGGCUCAUCUGAAAACAGUGCAGACUUGUUGGCCAGAGAAGCACUGGGAGGCACGCGAAUCACUGAGGGAACACGUCAACCCGUUAUCCGCAUAAACGAAUUCGACGCGCAGCAUAUCCCAGGUUUGUAUUUCGGGCCGAGACGAGAUUUAUCAAGUGGGGAAACACAUGUGCCCCCCAUAACUGCGCGACCUCCUUCUCCCCAAGCAUCCCACGGUUUCGAAGAUGGUACGGACUCGGACUUGACCGAACCACGAAAGCUCUGUUGCUUUAAGAAGGAACCCCUAACAAAAAGAGGAGACACGACUGCACCCCACGGUGCUCCGAUGGCAGCCACACUGCCUGGCGCGAGGGUAACCCAAAAAGAUCUACCUCUGAUGCAAAAGUAUGACAACGGCCGCAUUACUGGAAAACGUACACACUCGGAUUUCAGCAGAAGAGGGUGUUCAGACUGUUUUGGGAAAAAUAUACCAACAAAAAGAACAUCAGUUGAUGUACCCUUAAGAUCUCCCGUAGCAACCACAACAGCACAGGUAAACAGAGCUUCAAAAGGUCCGUCUCCGUCACAAAAGCACCACGUCAAGCAAACAACUGAAUUAAAUAGCUAUCCACUCGACAUGGAUCAGCCUGUAGCUUUACUUAGUCCACGGCCAGUCCCGUACGUUCAAAGGAAGCAAGUUACACCAAAACCGACUGAAAAAGAUACGAGUCCAGCAUCGAAUUUCAUUGAAAACACGACUGAUGUAGCAGACUCUAAUUUCGAUGGCAUACCUGAGUACAAACGUGUGAACAAUUUUAAGGAACUUCAGAAACCAAGUAAAGCAUACGACCAGUAUUUCCCAGAAGCAGAUGCCUUGCCUAGAAGACUAGAUCUUUAUAGAGAUGAUCCAAAACUAUUCCCAGGUUUAGACUGGUGCGAUGACGAUAGUAUGCAGGAAAGAUUUCCAGUAUUUCUUUCUUUGGAGGAAGACUACUUUGGUCAGUUAGAUGAACUGGAGUCUGUCAAGACCCCUCAAACAGUGCGCACAAGUAUUUGCGACAACGAAUUAUUGCAGGCCAAGAUAAACCCACGAAUACACGCCAGACUGGCAGCUCCGAGAAAGGCGCAGCACAAAGGACGAAUGAUGCAAGAUAUAUCGAGUGCGAGUGAAAGCACUAGCGGGAUACUGGUAUCUGCACGACCAUUUUGCUGGGAGACAGUCAAUCCUACCGUAAUUAAUGAUGCUUCAGAGGUAAUCGAUCGAAGUGGAACGCAUCAGUCCGCGGACAGCCCGGCUAAUAGCGGAUUGUGGCAACGUGAGUUGGAGGAAGCAAGCGAGCAGUUGGGAAACCAACAUGACGAUCAUCCACCAACCAAGACUAGUGGUCCAAGUCUACAGAGACUAGCUGAAAAAUGUCAGUUCGUUUCAAGAUACACACAGACUGAUCAUGUGUGCAUAAUUGAAUGCAAAUGUAGAGAGAUGGGAAUUGUAUCAUCCAAUGAGGGUAGUUCAAAUGAAGUAGAAUUGGCGGUAGGCGAACAAUCCAAACCUGUCAGGUAUAAUGUGGAGACCAAUUACAAUGCGCGCCUUAAACCGCAAUCGAAAUCAAACAAAGGAAGUGCCGGGUCGACUGAUGGUCGAUUAAAACAAAACCAGCCAACUUCAAACAAUGAAACUGUUGUUCCAGUUGCAUCUGUGUCACCUUCUUCACAAAAAGUAGCCGAUCAGACGGAAGUCUGUACGGACUCAGAUUUGACCGGGCCACGGAAAUUGUGGUGUUUCAGUACAAAUAAGCCCACAAAAAGAACGUCAAAAGAUGUUCCCAUGGAUCACAAAGAGACAGAUAUUCCAGAUGGUUUGUCUCUGUUACAAAAAGAUCGUACCAAGCAAAGUGACCAGAUGAUGCAGGAACAGCCAACCGUCCCAAGUGGUCCCAGUCAUAAGGGUCACAGACUUGGGGAAACACCCCGAAAACGAGAAUCCCACCAUACUGAUCUGAAUUUGACGUUGGGUUCUGUGCACAGCAUAAAGAAACCUGAGAUGCCUAACGAAGUGGAAGCCUAUCAAACCUAUCCGAGAGUAACCCCACGCUUAAAUUUGUUCCAUGAUGACGGUAUGCAAGAUGGAUAUCCAAAACGCAUAUCAAGAUAUACACAGGCGGACUUUGGAUGUAUAGCGAACUGUGGGUGUACAAAACAAGGACCUGGAGCACCUAAUCUAGGCUGUAUGGAAAACACAAAAUCGGAUCUCGAAAAGAAGACCAAAAAUAUUGUUCACCAACCUGACCGGAUAAAAAAUGAUGUGACUCAAAUCGCAGAGGAGAGAGUAACCAAUCCUCUUUCGAAAACCUACGAGUCUUACCAACACGGCAGCUCCAAUUUACGCCGUGCAUCUCGCUCCACAAACAGAAAGCAAGACACUGCACCACCGGAAGGACAAUCGCUUCAGAGGCGUUCAAGCUCACGCAAACAACCUCCGGUACCCGCAGCGCAGCAGCAACGUACAUCCACAAAAACACCUAACAAAACUGUAGACCGUGUGGAACAAAGGCGCGAAUCUCAAAAGAAGGUUAUCAGGCACCCUAUAAACUCCAAAACGAUCACCGACGCUCCAGUUUUGAGUGCCGAUUCGAUCAAAAAGCCAUUUGGCAGCAUGAAGGAGACCUCCGCCUUAGCUGUCACAAACGAGGCCGCCAACUUACUUCAUAAUAGCGGUAAGAUAUCACAUAACAGAGUAUUACCCAACUCAGUUGAACAAAUAUCUGACCGUCCGGGAGAAUUCUCGCCUCCACUAGCUCCGAAUGGAACUCCACUAUAUCCUUUGUCGAUGGAUCAGAACGUGAAGUUUCAACAGUUGCCGCUGUCUUCCAGUGACCCUGGAAGACCCUGUUUGCCCAUUGAUAAAUUAGCAUUUACCUAUAUGCCUCUCACGAACGCGCUGAUGUUUCAGCCACCUACUGGGGAAGCACUGACUUGGACCAUCCAUUCCCAACCUCUUCAUUCUGUUCCCUAUUCUACGGCUCUUGUUUUGGGGGAACAAGUAAAGCCCGAAUCAUCUCGUGUAUUUGAGCUUCAGCCCGUCUGCUUGAUGUCUUGCUGUGGUCAACCACGCCAUCUAUCACCUAUUACAGUCAGUCCAUUUGCCAACACAGCACCUAUAACUGUAGAAGACGUUAGGGCAAUGAACCGAACCGAUGAUCUCAAUGUUUGCCCUCUACACCUUAAAUUGAACGAAUCAGCUUUCAAAGCUCCUGAAAAUGUUUUACAGCAUAGGUCGCCUUCGCAGGACAUCACGAAAGACGGACCCAGAGAUCCACGGACAUCCGUUCAGACUAGGUCGCCAGUCAGCAGCACUGUUCGAGCCACUGGUUGCCUACCAUUCCUCUCAAAACUAACAUCGUGCAAUCCAACUAGUCAACGGAACAAUCCCAAGGUAGAUAUAUCAAACACUGCACGGCAGUCAGCGGCUCUGACUUCUGCAGCCUCAACCCAGAAAGCAGACUUUUUCUUUGACACAAAUGACGGACAGUUGCUGGCUUCCAUUUCGUUAGAUGAAAAUGCGGAAAAACUAUAUCAUCUCAAACACCAGCUACCGAUGCAAGCAUUCAGUUCUGAUCGCAUGAACCCUCAGAACAAAUUAUCAUUUAACUCGACUAGCCGUGUCAAAAUAGAUGUAGGCCAUCAAACCGCUGGUGUCUCAACUAAUCAGAUCAAGAUGUCACCCAGCCAGCCGACUGUGCCUGGCGUGAACGAUGAUCAAAAACAUGAAGCCAAUUCUCAUGUUGCUGCGACACGCAACGAGCAUCGUGAAUCGGCCGUGCAGUUAGACGGUAUAAGAGGUGUCAUGGGCGUGCAACUGAUACCCGUCGGAUACAUUUCUGGUUUUACCUACCCGUCACCCGUCCGCGCUAUAUGGUUGUCUACUCCGCCUGCGUGUUGCCACCGAUGUUGUGUAAGCACCCGAGGAAUGGAUACACGGUGUGACUCAUCUGUGCAGCCAGUCUGUCAUUACUCCAGAGCAGGCCCAGGAUCGACAUCUACAGAUCUGGUUCUCAAGAGAGAACAGCCCUGUCGAAAGUGCCACUGUAAUCCGAGUCAAAGACCGGUAAGCUCGACUCCGCACCAAACAGCGGUUAUCCCCAUCCACAUCAAUGGGAAUCCACAACAAGACGGCGCAACGGAAGUUUUGGGUUCCGUUUUUUCCUUCGAUACCACCAAUGUCCAACCAGAUUUCAGAUUCUGUCCAGAUUACCAGCGGCCCAAUGAGGACAGCGUGAUUGUUAUACCGAGGGUGCAUGGAGAAUUUCGGAAAACGGAUCGAACAGGAUUUGCGCAAGAUGCACUCGUGUAUGUCACAUGUGGGAAAGAGUGUAGAAACAAAAGACAUUACACAAGGAAAAAUUACGGUGACUACCGGGAAUGUUGUCAGUGCUGCAAACGUGUCCCUCAUCGAUGUCGUCCACCAAGCUGUCCUGCUUUCAACUAUAUCUUAGUGGUACGACAGUGA